AUGAGCACAAUGACUGACUCCCAUCGGCAGAGUCUUUCCCAUCCAUUUCUUUCUCAUCUUAUUGCCCUGCUAUCCGCCUACGAACUAUGUCCUAUGUCGACACCACCUCCACGAUAUGAUGGGCCUGCAGAUUGGCAGACAGACACCAUCAUUCGCUCUCUCGGCGCCGUUGCACGCAGAAUGUACACUGCGGAAGAGACUCUAGCUUCAAUCAAAGCCUCGGAGUGUUGGCAAACAAAUGGGCCAGAGACA